AUGGACCCCAAUGGAACUAUGGUAGAGACAACCGACGUGCUGAUCAUUGGCGCUGGGCCUGCCGGGCUCAUGUGCGCGAACGCCCUUGGGGAAUUAGGUGUCCAGACAAUCAUCGUCGAUCGCAGACAACCAGGGGAGUCGUAUGGGCAAGCUGAUGGUAUCCAACCUGGUACCGCCGAGAUAUGGCAGAGCUAUGGAUUGAGAGAACGUCUUAUGAAAGAAGGGUGGCCAAUCCUUGCACUGGUUACCAUUCCCAUAGAAGGUAUGGAAGGAAUACUCAAAGACUCGUCAGCGAAAUAUGGUGUACACGUAGAACAACCGUACGUCCCCACUGCCUUACAGAUUGAUGAGGCGGUGGACGUGCAUGACCUCAAUUCAUACCCUGUGAAAGUCACGUUGGCUCGACCAGAAAGGAAAGAAGCAAUGGAGAAGCGAGUCGUCCAUGCAAAGUAUUUAGUAGGCUGCGAUGGUGCACGCUCUUGGGUUCGUGAUGCCAUGGGUAUCAAGAUGGAGCGUGACGGUGAGGAUCGUCCGAUCAACUGGGGCGUCCUAGAUUUCACGCCGACGGGCACGUUCCCCGACACGCGCAUCAAGUGUAUCAUCACAUCUCCGGUGUGCGGGAUGAUUGGGUUGGUUCCCAAGCCAGGUGGAACCGCGCGUCUCUACGUUCCCCUUGUUCCUGAGCACUGGGAAAAGCGGAAGUUCACGCGCGAGGAGCUUGUCGCUUCGGUACAGAGCACGGUGAACAAAGUCUUCAAACCGUAUGAAAUGAAUAUCACCAAUUGCACCUGGGCGAGCACAUACAAGGUUGUCCAACAGGUCGCGUCCGCCUACUCUGUCCAAAACCGUGUCUUUAUCGCUGGUGACGCUUGCCACACGCAUUCCCCUAAAGCAGGCCAGGGUGCAAAUGCAUCCAUGCGUGACACGCACAAUCUCGGUACAUUUCAUCAUCCAAGCUUAUUGACUAUGCACUCACAAGCGCCUUGUUUGAAUCCCCCAGCGUGGAAAAUUGCAUAUGUCCUUCGCGGCUGGGCCAAGCCCUCUUUACUCUCGACGUAUGAUACCGAGCGACGGGCCUACGCGCGCGAACUCAUCGCUCUCGAUCGGCACGUUGCGAAGGCUUUCGAGUUGGGUGGGAGCGAGGGCAAAUACAAGCGUAUAUGGGAAGACAAGAACAGGUUCCUUAGUGGAAUCGGUAUCCUUUAUCAUUCUCCCCUGACCCCGGUCGAAGAACCCUCUCCCCUUGCAUCAGGAUUGAUCCCCGGAGAGCGUCUACCGCCCUCGCCCAUCCUCAGGCUCAACGAUUGGCAUUCGCUCAAUGUACAGGAUCUCAUCAUCUCUGACGGUUCUUUCAAACUGCUUGUAUUUCCCGGCACCCUGAGCGCUGCGCAAAAACCCGAAGGACUGGCGACCUUUGCCGAGAAGGUCCUCAGCGGAAUCGCCGAUGUGAAAGGUACAGUGACAGGGGAUGGUCAGAGGGAGAGAGCGUUGUUGCGACUAUAUGUUGUUCUCGCGGGAUCCAAAGAAGGAUUGCACUGGACAGAUGUCCCAGAUGUCGUCCGCGACGCCAAAAUCGUGCAUGUUGAGGAUUCUGUCGUUGAAGUUGCUGGUGGUGGUGGAAAGAAGACAUACAUGCAGUACGGGAUCGACGCUACUGUCGGUGCAGUUGUGUUAAUCAGGCCAGAUGCGCACAUCUCGCUGGUCACAUCCGUGGACAUGCAAGGGGCCGAAAGAGUGGCAGCGUUCAUUCGGUCUCUGUGAAUUUGUAGAGCAGUAUCAUGCAUACAUGUUCCCGUGAUACAAUGCAGCGGGAAGGAAUCCAGGUCCUCGUUUCUUGCUAUCUGUGUAAAUCAGCAAUUAUAGUAUUAUAGUCAUCGUUCUGG